AUGUGCGCGUCUUUACUGAGCAGCAUUUGUCUAAUUGUCGGUUGCUUUUUGGUGGCAUCCAUAAAAGCUGCAAAAGUUCCAGAAAAUGAAGUGCAACCUAGAGUUAUUGGAGGACGUGUGGCGGUGGAAAAUUAUCCCUUCAUAGCUUCUCUAAUAGAGUCUACCGAAGACGGACUUUUUCAUAUUUGUGGUGGAUCCAUAAUAAACGAACGUACCAUUUUGACGGCAGCCCAUUGCCUGUUUGGCGUUUCACCGACGACAUUAAAAGUUCAUGUAGGAGAUAAGUCCCUUGCGAUAAAUGAGGGAAUAAUUUACGGUGUUGAGGCCAUUUAUAUGAAUGAAAAUUGGACUACUGCUUCAUAUGACUAUGAUGUGGGCUUGGUGAGAAUUGCGGGUUUCUUUGAGUUUGACCCUCAGGUACAACCCAUACAAUUAGUCGGACCUAAAGAUAGAAUAAGAGUUGGUAGCUUUGCUACCGUCAUCGGUUGGGGAUUUACUGAUUUGGAUAAUCCACGAAUUUCCGAUACCCUAAUGGUGGCCCAUGUACCAAUAGUUAGACAUUCAACAUGCAGACGUCUGCUGGGUGCUGAACAAAUCACCAGGCGCAUGAUAUGCGCUGGCUUCAAAAAAGGAGGUGUAGAUGCUUGUAAAUAUGAUUCAGGCGGUCCUAUGGUGAUCAAUAGGAAACUUGUGGGCAUUGUAUCAUGGGGUAUUGGCUGCGCUGAACCCAAUAAGCCGGGUGUUUACGCAAGAGUAACGGAAUUGUUGCCCUGGAUUAAGAAUAUUUUAUUUAAUGAAUACGAUGAAGUUUUGUAA